UUCCUGCAAUCCCCAAGAGCCCCCAAAUCCCUUUCGCCGGCUUGCAAUGGAGGAGAUCUCUUUGGCCAACCUGGACACCAACAAGCUGGAGGCCCUGGCGCAGGAGAUCUACGUGGACCUCAUCGAGGAUUCCUGCCUGGGCUUCUGCUUCGAGGUGCACCGGGCCGUCAAGUGCGGCUACUUCUACCUGGAAUUCUCCGAGGCGGGCGGCGUGAAGGAUUUCGGCCUCCAGCCCGUGGAAGAGAAAGGAGCCCGUCGCCUCCCUCUCUGCUCCCUGCCUGCAGCUCCUGCGAACGGGCCCGAUCCACCCCUGCAACGCUCUCCUCCAGAAUUCCAGUAGCUGCACGACACCAACCAGAGAGGCUCGAGGCUUGCCAGGACUGGACACAGGCCUCUCCUGUUGGGUUGGAGCAAGUUAGGGAGCUGUGUAGGAAAAGCAACCAGAAUCAGGCAAAA